AUGCGUAGUAACCUUGUAGUGUCUCCUGAAAAAGAGAAAGUCAUCAAAGAAUUAUACAAAGAAUUCAGAUGUUUGGAAUUUUGUUUGGUCGUUACGUUCGCUAGUGCUAGUGGAUUGUUUAAUGAAUUACCUGGUGUGGUCAAACUAUUUCACUUGCCGGUGUACCACUACGUUCCUAAAGUUCUGGUGAAAACAGUCCACGUACCAACCCCUGUUACAGUGGAACAGCCUCAUCCAUACUCCUUUAACUUUGGAACCAAAGACGAAGAUGGCAGCAUUAUCACCCGCCAGGAGUCCGGAGACAGAAGUGGAACAGUAUCCGGAGAUUAUGGAUACAAAAAUACCAACGGUGUCUACCCUCAAGCGCCCCCCAGUAGCAUAGCGAUUCUCUUUUUGUCGCUCUUAGUCCUUGAGACUAGUGUCAGCUGUGGUCAACAGUAUCCCUCCAUACAGCCCUUUUAUGAAGGAGAUUCAUAUUAUCCAGGCCCUGCUUUUCAACCUUUCAAAAUUAUCCGUGUACCAAUCUCAGAAGAAGUAGAAGACGAAGAAGAGGUCCCGCCACCAAAUGAGGAGAAGCACCAGUUUUAUCGUUACAUACAAAAGAACAAAGAUGAAGAAUAUCAUGCGAAUAGUGGGUAUAUUAACCAGCCGAUAAUUCUUCAGAAAAAAACCUUUUAUGGGUAUAAAGCUACUACAACCACUACAGAAGCUCCAGAAAUGACAGAUCUACCAAAAACCUACAGUUAUGCUUCAUAUAAACUAUAUCCUAGUUACAUUUCUAAUCCCCCUACAACUACUACAGAGGUUCCAGAAACGGAAGCCCCACUUGAAGGCUACGAACAUGCUUUCUAUAAGCAACACCAUAUUUAUACCUAUAGGCCGACUACAACCACUACAGAAGCUCCAGAAGUGACAGACCCAUCCAAAAACCGCACCUAUAGUUUAUAUAAACAAUACCCAGGUUACAUUUACAAACCAACCACAAUUACUACGGAGGCUCCAAAAGUGAAAGAUCCACCAAAAGGCUACGGUUAUGGUUAUUAUAAACAGUAUCCAGGUUUCAUCCACCAACCAAUUACAACUACUGCUAAAGAUCCAGAAGUAAGAGACCCAUCAGAACGCUACAGUUAUGUUUUAUAUAAACAAAUCCCAAAUUCCAUUUUCAAACCAACCACAACUACUACAGAGGCUACGGAAGUGACAGACUCGCCCAAAAAACAUAGCUAUAGUUUAACUAAACAAUACCCAGGUUACAUUUUUAAACCAAAAAGAACUACUACAGAGGCUCCCAAAGUAGAUCCACCAAAAGACCAUGAUUAUGGUUACUAUAAGCAAUACCCAAGUUAUAUUUACAAACAAACCACAACUACUACAGAGACUCCAGAAGUAAAAGACCCAUCAGAAGGCUACGGUUAUGGCUUUUUAAAACAAUAUCCAGGUAAUAUUUACAGACCCACAAUAACUAUUACUGAGGCUCCCAAAGUGAAAGAUUCAUCAAAAGGUUACGGUUAUGGUUACUAUAAGCAGUACCCAGGUUAUAUUUACAAACAAACCACAACUACUACAGAGACUCCAGAAGUAAAAGACCCAUCAGAAGGCUACGGUUAUGGCUUUUUAAAACAAUAUCCAGGUAAUAUUUACAGACCCACAAUAACUACUACAGAGGCUCCCAAAGUGAAAGAUUCAUCAAAAGGUUACGGUUAUGGUUACUAUAAGCAGUACCCAGGUUAUAUUUACAAACAAACCACCACUACUACAGAGACUCCAGAAGUUAAAGACCCAUCAGAAGGCUACGGCUUAUAUAAACAAUACCCAGGUUAUAUUUACAAACAAACCACAACUACUACAGAGAAUCCAGAAGUUAAAGACCCAUCGGAAGGCUACGGCUUAUAUAAACAAUACCCAGGUAAUAUUUACAAACAGACCACAACUACUACAGAGGCUCCAGAAGUAAAAGACCCAUCAGAAGAUUACCGUUUACAAAAACAAUACCCAGGUUACAUUUUCAAGCCAAUCACAACUACUACAGAGGCUCCCAAAGAAGAUUCACCAAAACGUUACCGUUAUGGUUACUAUUAG